AUUGAGUAGACAAGGAAGAGACAGGAAGAAAAAUAAAAGGAAAAGAUUUUAGAAGAUGAAAAUACAGAAAAUUGUGUUUGUGUGAGAGUGUGUGUGUGUGUGUGUGUCAGUGGGAGAAAGAAAAGGAAAAGAGAGUUUGUACAGAGCAGUUACCCUCCCUCAGUUCCUUAGGCUUUGGGUCCUCAGCUUCUUCUUCUUCAUCAUCAUCAUCAUCAAACCCAGCAAUCACACAUAGCUCCAUCGCAAGAUGACCCACUGAGGCUUCACCCUCUCAGCUUCUAUAUGGAUUCCGAUAAGGAAAUGACAUCUGCAGAAGUUGAUGGGAAUGAUGCAGUUACAGGCCAUAUCAUUUCCACUACCAUUGGAGGCAAGAAUGGGGAGCCCAAACAAACCAUCAGUUACAUGGCUGAGCGAGUUGUAGGCACUGGAUCAUUCGGAAUUGUUUUUCAGGCGAAAUGCUUGGAAACUGGAGAGACAGUGGCUAUAAAGAAAGUGUUACAGGACAGGCGGUAUAAAAAUCGUGAGCUGCAAUUGAUGCGGUUGAUGGAUCACCCAAAUGUGGUUUCCCUGAAGCAUUGUUUUUUCUCCACAACAAGUAAAGAUGAGCUUUUCCUGAAUUUGGUCAUGGAAUAUGUUCCUGAAACAAUGUACAGGGUUUUGAAGCACUAUAGUAGUAUAAACCAACGGAUGCCACUCAUCUAUGUGAAACUCUAUACAUACCAAAUGUUUAGGGGUUUGGCAUAUAUCCAUACUGUUCCUGGAGUUUGCCACAGAGAUGUAAAGCCUCAAAAUCUUUUGGUUGAUCCCCUCACUCACCAGGUUAAGCUUUGUGACUUUGGAAGUGCUAAAGUCUUGGGUGAAGCAAACAUAUCAUAUAUAUGUUCUCGUUAUUAUCGGGCUCCAGAACUCAUAUUUGGUGCAACAGAAUAUAAUACUUCGAUUGAUAUUUGGUCAGCUGGUUGUGUAUUGGCUGAGCUUCUUCUGGGCCAGCCAUUGUUUCAUGGGGAAAAUGCUGUAGAUCAACUUGUUGAGAUCAUCAAGGUUCUUGGUACUCCAACACGAGAAGAAAUUCGAUGCAUGAAUCCAAAUUAUACGGAUUUUAGAUUCCCACAGAUUAAAGCUCAUCCUUGGCACAAGAUUUUCCACAAACGGAUGCCUCCUGAAGCAAUUGACCUUGCUUCUCGGCUUCUUCAAUAUUCACCUAGUCUUCGUUGCACUGCACUUGAAGCUUGUGCACAUUCUUUCUUUGAUGAGCUACGUGAGCCUAAUGCCCGCCUUCCAAAUGGUCGGCCAUUGCCGCAUCUUUUCAACUUCAAACAGGAACUGUCAGGAGCUUCACCUGAAUUGAUCAACAGGCUCAUACCUGAACAUGUGAGGAGGCAGAGUGGUCUCAGCUUGCCGCAUCCAGCUGGUUCUUAAAUGUAAAGUAAUUGAACGAGGACUCUCCUUUUCUGCUAGUGGACAUAUGAAGAAAAUUACUGUUUUCUGGAUAAUAUAACAAGUACUCCGGGCCUGCCUCAACUGUGGACUUCCUCUGCUUGCCGAGACUGCUCACCAGCCCUUUUGGCAUAACCUGGAAUAUGAUGAUUCUGUCAACUUUCGUUUGAGCUUAAACACACUAUUGUCUUGCUUCUGUACUUUGCUCCUAUGACAAAUAUCUAGAAAGCUAGGAGCAUAAAAAGACGAUGCAUUUUGUGUCUGGCUAUUUAGGGGGUACAAAAGUCCAGCAGGAAUUCAAGGUUUCAUUGUAGUAUGGCAUGUUUCAUUGAAAGCAUGAGGUUGUUUUUAUGGAACUGAUUGAUGCGAAUUACAUAUUACAAUUCAAGGUUAA